UCUCCUUCCUUGAGCCUGUUAGCAGAAGCACCAACUGUAUCUCUACUGCAAGCAAGACAACAGAAAGAUCUGGUGUGCAAAGAAGCAAUAUAAAAGCACCCAGUACAAUGGCGUCUUCUCGUUCACUAAACAGCCCAGAAGCAGAGCUCCGCCACUGGCUCCAGGACCUUAUCUUAGAUACUUCAGUUGAGUACACUGGACGAGAGCUUAGGCGGACUCCUUCUUUCACCCUUAGCGAGGUAACUAUAGGCGGUGGGCUCCAGGCCGUUGCUGUCUUGCCUACAAACGAAGAGGAGGCGAGCCGUUUAUUGCAGCCAGGAACAGAAGACAACGAAGAGGACAAAGACUCGAUGUCUUUGACUGAGAGGCUAGCCGAGGAGACUCAUCGCUUUGCAAAGCUAAGACACCCUAACAUUCUCCAGUUCCUUGGUGUGGUCUUUCCCAAGACCAACCUCCUUCCAAUCAUACUCACAGAGCAGCUCGACACCACUCUCAACCAGGUCCUCCACAGGGUCCCCAAUCUACCUGAAUCUCUAAAAAUCUCUUUAAUCCACGACGUCUCUCUUGGCCUGGAGGCGAUGCAUGGCUCCUCCCCUGCACUGACCCACGGCAACCUGACAGCUAGCACAGUCUUUCUUACUCCUAGUCUAACAGCUAAACUAUCCUAUCCUCCAAUAUAUUCUGUCUUUGACGACACUGCCGGGGGAAACGUUGAAUCAGGUGAUAUCUCAUUUACGUCGCACUUGCAGGCUCAAUUGAACAGCAGCAGUAACGGCUACCACAUCUCGUCUGCAUUCACUGGUAUCAGUAACAGAGGCUUCAAGGAUGACAUAUUCUCGCUAGGCGAGCUCAUGGUGCAUGUCAUUACACAGCAGCGUCCUAAGAGAAUCGGUCCGGGCCAGUCUCCAUCUCUCUUGCAACAAACGGAAAGGAUUGAUGGAAACCAUUUGCUUCGAGGUCUUAUCAUGCAGUGCUUGCAGAAAGACCCGGUUCUACGGCCGACGGCCUCGGAGAUUGUGCAAGAGGUCAAGAUGUCCAUUACGACUAGACGAACUCCAUUUCAAGAUCCUCUCAAGAUCCUCACUGCUGUUCUUGGUUCUUCUGAGAGCGUCAAAGAGACAGCUCCUUCGCCGAAAGAUGUUCGCAUGAAAAGACUUGAAACGGAGAACUCUCGUUUGAAGGCACAGCUGAAAGUGACUCAGUCUGAGUUGCGUCAUUUGCGUGCUCAGCAAGCAUUCUUUGGACAGGAGGAUGAGAGUGAAGGUGAAGAAGAGGAGCAGGGUGGAAAGGGAAGGAAAGUUGAAUCAAAGGAUGCAUCAGUUCAGGCUAGCAUUAUACAACUCAAUCAUCAAAAGGUUUAUAUCGAGCUCCACAAGGAGAGUUCUGACCAGAGUUUUGGGUUUAGUAUAACUGGAGGAAAAGGUGCAGCCUCAACACUAUUGGAAGGAGAUGAGAGUAUCUUCAUAACGCGACUAGCUCCGGGUGGACUAGCUGAAAAAGACGGGCGACUAAAGCCUGGAGACAAACUGAUAAUGGUCAAUGGAGUCGAUAUGACUAGUGCUACUAGACCGGAUGCACUCUCAGCUCUGAUGAGCUCUGGGGAUGUGUGUACAAUGGUCGUCACUAGAGAAGAAGUUCUUAUAGAUCCUUCCCUUGAAGAGCCUCAACCUGUAAGACGACAGAGACUCUCAACUGCUGGCUCAAGGCGUCGACCAUCAAAGAGUGCCAGCACUGAUAGGCUCCAUCCACUAAAGUUAGGAGUAGUAAUGGCAUUUGAGGAAUGUGCCCCAUUGCCCGAGGCUAUCAGCAAUGGCCAGGCGGUCCUAUACAAGAACAAAGUCAUAGUCGGUGGACAUUAUUCAAAUAAUUCCGGAAGCAUCUUUGAAUAUGAUCCGGAGAAAGACUCAUGGAACACGCUAACAACCUCGCCUGUGUGGUUCUUUGGGCUGACUGUGUUUCAAGACAAAGUGACGGUUGUCGGUGGAUUUGACUCUGCGACUCAAAGCUGCUCAGCUCAACUGUUUGCUUGGAACGAGAUGGAGGGAUCCUGGCUUGGCUCCCUUACUCCAAUGCCUACAGCUCGUAUGCACGCAGCAGUCGUGAGUCUGGGAACAAGCCUAGUGGUUGCUGGCGGAAGGAACAAUAAGAACACUCUCAAUUGUGUGGAGGUGUUUAAUUUUGCUUCGCAGCAGUGGUACACUGCUCAUCCCCUCACGUUGGAACAGAGCUCUAUGAAGGGGCUCUGUCAUAACGGGUUUUGGUAUCUACUCGGCGGAGAGCAGCAAGGCUUCCCAACCUCUCGUUCAAUCUACACUCCUCUCCAGUCCCUCAUAGACUCCGCCUGUCACAAGACUGGUAGUGUAUCGUGCUUCAAGGCCAUACCCUCUCUCCCUAAUACAUACAGUGCUGUUGCUCUCAGUGGCGGAAAGAUAGUGACAAUUGGUGGGGCUCAUCGUGACAGUGAGGAUCUCUCUGACCCAACGUCGACGGUAUAUGCUUUAUGUGAGGAUCCUUACUCCUGGCUUGAGGUAGGGGAACUACCUGAUCCUCUUAGUCACUCGUGUGCAGUGACCAUAUCAGACGAAGAGGUCUUGGUGAUCGGUGGAAGGUAUGAAGACGGGAAGGACACUGAUGCUGUUUACCGUAUGUACUUAAAGGAGUCAAGUAGAACCCAACUGUAGUAUUUCACAGAUAAAAUAUAAAUACUAAUGAUAAAUAUACAUACUAUGUAUUCGUUUGUAUUGAUACUUGUUGUUUUGUUGUUGUUACUGUUAUAUCGUUAUUCUGUGAGUGGA